UUUUAGCAGAAAUAUGGAAGGAAAGACCAGGAUUCAGUUUUUUGUUUCUGUAAUUUUUUAUUAAGAAUUCAUUUUGCAACCUAAAUAGUCAUUGGCAAUGCAAACUAACUGGAGGAGAACGGAUGAGGAUUUUAGAAAACCACGGAAUACUAGGGAGAGCUCAAAACUGUUCCAAAGCUGAUUUCCAGGAUUCAUCAGAUCAAGUUACAGUGAAGAUGAAGGUUCUCUCAUUCUGCCACAGCUCCAGAGCCAGCUCCCCUCUCCCUCUUGUUUUCUUCCUUACUUGUUAUGUUCGCAAGAUGGAAUCAGCCCAGUUCAGGGUGACCGGUCCUGGUCACCCUGUCACUGCCAUUGUGGGUGAGGCCAUUUUGUUACCCUGUCACCUGUCCCCCAGGAUGAGCGCUGUGAACAUGGAGGUGAGAUGGUUCCGAUCUGAGUUCUUUUCAUUUGUGCACCUGUAUCAGCAUAGGAAGGAUCAAUAUGAGAACCAGAUGCCAGACUACCAUGGAAGGACAGAGCUUUUGAAAGCUGGCAUCACGGAUGGGAAUGUUUCCUUGCGAAUUGUUAAUAUCAGACGCUCAGAUGAAGGACAAUACAACUGUUUUGUUCAAGAUAGUUCUUUUUAUGAAGAAGCCCCAUUGGAACUGAAGGUAGCAGCUUUGGGCUCCAAUCCUGUCAUCUCUGUGGAGAGUCACCAGGAUGGCGGGAUCCGGGUAGUUUGUCAGUCGGCUGGGUGGUACCCAGAGCCCAAGGUGCUAUGGAGAGAUCCCAGUGGGCAAGAAUUACCAUCUCUCUCUGAAGCAAAAUCCCUAGGGGAUAGUGGCCUGUUUGAAACAGAAAAUUCUAUUAUUAUAAAAGAACGUUCAAACCAGAACCUGUCCUGUUGGAUCAGGAACACCGUUCUCAAUCAAGAAAAGGAAUCAACAGUUUAUAUAGCAGAUUUCUUUUUCCCAAGAGUGAAUCCAUGGAUGGUGGCUCUGAGUGUGAUUCUCCCAGUUUUGUUUGGUUUCAUUGUCCUCACUGUUUAUCUAUUUAAAAUAAAAGGUAAACAUCACAGGGGAAAAUUUAGUGAAAUUAACAAGAAAUUUUCUUCUAAUAAAUGAAAAAAGGGAAGAAUGAAAUUUUACACUAGGCCAAGCAGGGG